UGCACAAUGCUUCCGCUGGUUUCAGAAGUUAGACUUCACAUUUAUGGUGAGGAAGAAUUGAUGGUUAAUACAGCCGAGAAAAAAUUGAAAGCUACAAUUUUUACAACAUUUUAUACUGAAGAAAUUGAUUAUCCUAGUAUCACUGCUUUCUCUGAUAAAACUCUACAUGAGCUUGAAUCAUUUGCAAGUGAUCACAAUGUUGAUAUUGAAAUUGAUCGAGAUCCUAGCCUUCAUUCAGUUAAUCUUUCGGGAUUUUUGCAAGAUGUUAUGCUUGUCAAAGAUAAAAUUUGUGAUGCAACAUCUUUGAUAACUCGAGAGCAAUCAAAUAAAGCUGCUGCUGCCUUAGUUUCUAAAACUGUAUGUUGGAUAAGGAUUAAUCCAGAUAAUGAAGAGGAAGAGGAGUAUGGGAAAUUACUAAAUUAUGAAAUUGAGCAAGCAUUUCAAAACGAGAAGAAAAUUUAUUAUGCUGCAGAUUAUGACUUCUUUAUAAAUUUUUGGAAAAUGGAGGAAAAGGAUGAAGCAACUGAUAAAACUGCUGUUGUUAAACGUUUGGAUCUCACAAAGGCACAAGAGCAACCUGAUAACUGGGAUCCUAUGCCUUUUGACUCUCAAGGAAAAGAAAAGCGGUUUUAUCUUGUUCCACUGCCAGCUAUUAGUCCUGAAUACGAAACUGCUAAGGCAGCUUUCAAUAAGACAAUGACCAGAAGUUAUUCCCAGAUUCUUAGCAUUCAAAGGCUACAGAACCCAGUCUUGUACUACCAGUAUGCAGUUAGAAAGAAAGAAAUGGAAAAACGCAAUCCUAAGGGUCAUCAAAAUGAACGACUGCUCUGGCAUGGUACCAGUCCUGAUACACUGGAUAAGAUUAACACAUGUGGCUUUGAUCGUAAC